AUGUCAAACUCACGGCCAUCGAGUCUGGCCAUACCCCGUACAACGUCACCUGUCGGUAAAUUACCCUCCCUUUCCGAAAUACUAUCCAACACGGCGCCUCCGCCGUGGACUUUAAGUGCUUUUACAGCAUACCUUUCUCAAAACCACUGCCUGGAGACGCUCGAAUUCAUCCUCGAAGCCGAACGCUACCAAGCUGCCAACACGCAACUCUCGGCCGAAAGUCCAAGAUCUGAGCAUGCAUCAGAAACCAUUUGCACAUUAUGGCAAAAACUCAUGCAGACAUAUAUCACACCCUAUGGCCCGCGAGAAGUCAACCUUCCGGCCCCAGUACGCGAUCGGCUUCUGCGGCUGAACUGCUCGCCAAGUUCCCCACCCCAACCGUCCGAAUUGGACGACGCUGUCCGGAUUAUUCGUGAACUUAUGAACGACUCUCUUCUGAUGCCCUUCCUCGAGUCCGUCGUCCCCGUUGUCGCCGAGUCCCAUAGUCAUCACGAAGAAUCACAUGAGGCACGACAGGGUCGAUCGAGGCUUAGGAUACCCAAGGAUCUUAUAUCGUCGCGAGAAGAUGCAUCGCAAUCGCAAUCACCGAAAACCUCCUUUCUGCCACUGCUCGGUCUCGGCCGCAGUAGUGUAGCUGCGAAUCGCUCAACGUCAACGUCGGUCACGGAAGCUGCGGAGACUGAUUUGGCAACAGAUGAGAGUGGCAGCCCUAAUUCGACUCCAGAUGCUGAGCCCAUGACACCCCCGGUAACCCCACCAACCUCAGACUACACUUUCAGCACAUCGCCCAACACAUUGCAACGAGCCAUUUCCGGAAAUAGCUGGAAGAAGAUGGGCGCGAGGUUGGGACUGACCCGAAAGAACCGAUCAACCCGUCGAUCGCAACCCAUCAACGUGCCGUCGAGGAGUAACGACGUCAGUGUAACACCUGCGACAAGCCAGCGAAGGGCCGAAGAGUCUCUUUUAUGA